AUGAGAAAUAAAAUGCGUUUGUAUAUUUAUUUAAAUAUAGCAGUCAUAGUUUCAAUAUUUUUAAUAAUAUUCUAUUUAUAUAGUAUCAAGCAGAUUGAUUAUUAUAGAGAAAAUGUUCACUCCGAGUUAUCCAUUAACAUUCAAAACUCUGCAAAUGAAAUUAUAUUUUACAAAAGAAAUGAUAUAGUGGUAGCCGUUGUGGCCUGUGGAGAUCGGCUCAGGGAAUCGUUAACAUUAAUCAAGUCUGCUCUAAUGUUUAGUAAAGCCAAAUUAAACUUUAUUGUUCUUGCUGAGGAUAAUUUAAUAGAAAGUUUCACUGAAAAGCUUGAAGAAUGGAAAUCGUUUACAAAUAAUGCAUUUACAUAUAACGUUCUUCCUUUAAAUUUUCCAACCAAAGAUGGAAACGAAUGGAAGAAGUUGUUUAAACCAUGUGCUGCUCAGCGAUUGUUUUUACCAGACAUUUUACCUGGUGUAGAUUCUUUACUCUAUAUGGAUACAGACACACUAUUUUUGACUCCUGUAGAAAGCAUUUGGGAGUAUUUUAAUAAAUUCAACAGGAGCCAAAUGGCCGCAUUGGCGCCUGAACACGAAGAUUCAAAUAUCGGAUGGUACAAUCGGUUUGCAAAACAUCCCUACUAUGGAAAAUUAGGUGUAAAUUCAGGUGUCAUGCUAAUGAACCUGACUAGAAUGAGGGCAUUUAAAUGGACUGAAUAUGUUGUACCUAUUUAUAGAAAAUUUAAAUUACACAUAACUUGGGGAGAUCAGGACAUAAUUAAUAUAAUAUUUCACUACCACCCAGGAAGAUUAUUCCUUUACUCGUGCAGAUAUAAUUAUAGACCAGACCAUUGUAUGUACUCAAGUAUAUGCAAAUCAGCUGAAAAAGAUGGUGUUGCUGUUAUGCAUGGAUCCAGAGGUUUUUUUCAUUCGGAGAAACAGCCAGUAUUUAAGGCCAUUUUUAACGCAUUUGACUCUUUUCAAAUAGGUAGUGAUGUUUAUAAAGAGUUUUAUCAGCCAUUAGAAACCUAUUUAGAUGCCCUUGAGCACACAAACUGCGGCAAAGUAAAGUAUGUCUUUUUGAGAAAUUUACAAAGGUUUUUAGAUUUAGAAUUUGACAAUACUUAG